AUGGACGACCAACUCUUCGACCAGAUCGACAAGAAUCAAGAUGGACUUCUUUCUUUGGAGGAGAUACAGGAAGCUUUGUCAAACCCCGAUAUCCCAGAGCAAACGAUCAAAGCUUUGUUCGAGACGUUUGAUGCUAAUGAAGACGGGUUCAUUUCUCGCGAAGAAGCGAUGAAGAAACUUGUUCAAGUUCCUGCUGGAAAGGAAAAGCUUGUUGAAGAGUUCAAGGUUCUUGAUCUCAAUGGGGACGGAGUGUUGACCUUCGACGAAUUCUAUGAAGGGAUGAAGGACCAGAUGACGGCGGAGGAGAUUGAAAGCAUCUACCGUCAGCUCGACAAGGACAACGACGAGUCAAUCACGCUCGACGAGUUCAUCAUGUCUCAGAUCUUCAUGUGCCACAACAACAUCAAGACAUCGCAGGAAAACAUCGACCGCAGCAGAGCAUGCCUUACAGAGGUCAUGCGCAACCUGACGCAGAGCGACAAGAUGGAGACCUGUGUGAACAUGCUUCAAGAAGCUCGCAAGCAACAUCUUGUCUUGACGUGGCCCUCCAAGAAGAGAGCGCACAAGCGAUCUCCUCUCACCGAGUACAAGAAUCUCAUUAACAGCAUCUUCGAAGAAUUCUCCAAGGGAAGUCAAGUCCUAGAUCGGCUUGGGGGCGUGCAAGCUCUUGCUAAGCUCGGCAAGUACGUCGACGUGGCUGACUUCUCCAAGCUUGUAGCAGGCGUAGGAGCAGAGAGUGACCUUGCGGUGGGAAAAGAACAUUUUCUGCAGAUCACCUUCAAACUGCUGGCCAAGGAGGUGAAGUCAAAGAGUCAGAGCAGGCUGACUAGCCUGUCGAAGCCAAAGAACAAGACCGGAGAGCUAACGGUAGAAGACUACUUGAAUCAAGUUGCCGAGGAAAACAAGCAGAGGCAAGAAGGUUCAUUCUCGUCCAACGCGAUGAAGGUGAAGAAGAAGUCGUCUCUCAACCGCAACAACUCCAUCGUCACGAGCUGCCCAAUCCAAUAUGAGUUCAAACGGCUGGAUGUCAACGGUGAUGGAGUUUUAUCCUAUGACGAGCUGUUCGAAGGGCUCAAGCACAGGAUGGAGCAAGAUGACCUUGCAGAGCUCUUCGACUACAUGGACGCCAACGGCGAUGGUAUGGUGACUAUGGAGGAGUUUUGUGAAGCCAAGAGUAAGAUCGAUCAGAACAAGCCGAAGCUGAUCUUCUAA